AGGAUUCUUGUUCUAUGGGGAGAGCAAAACUUCUAACAAACUUUUAAUCGUUCGCUUAGUAUAUUUUGGAGGGUUCUAGACUAUCCUCGUAAUCUUAUAUAGACCACACAAAUAUCAAAAUUUAAAUAUAAAUUUCAAAAAAAAUAAAAAAUAAAAAACAUUGUGUUUCUCGUAAGCAUUUUGCCACGCACAUCGACUGCAAAACUCUUUAAAUUUCUGGUACACAAUUUUCUAAACUUAUCGCCUGAAAGUUCCGUUAAUUUUUUCUAGUAGACAUUUUGUCAAACAUAUCGCACGCAGGGUAUCUAAGUUUUCUGGCAGACAUUUUUUCAAACGUAUUGCUGCUGAAAAUUUGAUUCAUUCGAAAACUGUAUUAAACCGUCAUAAAAACACAAUGGCUGCAUUUGCCUCGCUCUGUAUACAGUCGAAUCUAUCAACUGCAAGCCAACAAAUCUCAGCUCAGUGUCACAAGUCCUUAAAAUCUUCAAUUCCGAGCUUCAAUAAGCAGAAGAUUAAAACUGGUCCUAACAGGGAGAAAAUGUAUGUGCCUGUAACUAUGAGUAUAAGGCUUGAAGGGGGUGAGAAAAAAGAAGGUGGAGGAGCUGGUUUACUUGAAAGGCGCGAGUUAGAUUUUACGAAAAUCCCUACUGCUGUUCCAACAGUUGACGCAGGUGGAGAAAUUGGUAAAUCAAGGGACAGUAGGGGUUCUGGAGGCGGCGAGAGAUACAAGGUCCUUUUGCUUGAUCAUGAACGACAUACUGAAAGACAAGGAAAGUAAAAUUUGUGUUACGAUGCAGUGGCUGCAGUUUUGCCCAAAGUAGUGCCAUCGGUUACUCCUGAGGAAGCAAAGAAAUGUUUCCAUGAAUCAAGAAAAACAGGAGAGAGCCUUGUAACAGUUGCUGUGAAGGAACAUGCAGAGUUCUAUGCUCAAAUGAUGGCUCGUUGUGGGCUGCGAUCUGCCAUAGAACCAGAUGGUGAUGUACUAUGAAAUGUAUUCGAAAAGCAGUUCAGUUUUGAAUGAUUGAAUUUGAUUCGAUUUCAAGAUUACUUCUGGAUAAAAAUGUGUAAGAGUUUGUAUAUCCAGAAACAUUCUUGAAUUGAAUUAUAUGAAUCAUGUCUCUAAUUGAUUCGAUUUAUAGAUGAACACUUGAAAGAGCAAGGGUCGAGCGAUGCAAGCUUGUAAAAAUAGCAGUAGCACUAGCCAAACAAAAUUCAAUUCAAUGUAAGUGUAGACGUUAAAGAUUAGCCUAAUUUUUGCAGUUUAAUGUUUAAAUCUGCAUUUCCA